AUGCGCUUCGGCAAGACCCUGAAAAAAUCAGUCUAUCCCCCGUGGAGCGGGAAAUAUAUCGACUAUCACAAAUUGAAAGUUCUUCUGAAAGAAGAUGAUGUCACAAAAGACGCCAGUGACUCGGAAGGGUCUCAAUGGACAGAACAAGACGAGGAAGCUUUUGUCCAGGAACUGAUCAAUGUUCAGCUUGAUAAGGUUAAUGCUUUCCAAGUUGAGACCUCCCAGCAGCUGAAAGAGCGAACUUCGGCCUGUGAGAGCAAGUUGCGACCUCUGGCACCCUCCCCGGAUCAAGAGACAUCCACCAUGGAUGAGAAUGAAAAGAGGGCCAUUGCUUCUGAGGUUCUUCAAGAACUAGACGGUAUCGCCAAAGAAAUCAGCGAACUCCAGAAAUACAGCCGUAUCAACUUCACCGGUUUCCUCAAAGCUGCGAAGAAGCAUGACCGCAAGCGUGGGGCGCGGUACCGUGUGCGGCCACUGCUGCAAGUACGUCUGUCACAGCUUCCAUUUAACAGUGAGGACUACUCGCCGCUCGUGCAUAGGUUGUCAGUUAUGUACUCCUUCGUCCGCCAAAUCCUGAGUCAGGAUGAUAUUGAACCUAAGGAUGCCGGUGAAACACGUUUUGGCCAGGACACAUACUCGUCGUUCAAGUUCUGGGUCCAUGAGGAUAAUAUUCUGGAAGUCAAGACCUUUAUCCUUCGGCAAUUGCCUGUGUUGAUCUACAAUCCCAAAUCAUCGAGAGACUUUGAGUCGCUUCCCGAGGAUCCCACAAUCACAUCGCUCUACUUUGACAACACUCGCUUUGACCUGUACAACCAAAAGGUCGCGAAGGCUCCCGAAGCCGGAUCGCUAAGGCUUCGGUGGACGGGAAAUCUCAAAGAUAAGCCCGCUGUCUUCCUGGAAAAGAAGAUCGUCACAGAUGACGAUCACAGCAGAGAAGUGAAGGUGCAGCUCAAGGAAAAACAUGUUCAGGAGUUCCUCGAAGGGAAGUAUACGUUGGAGAAACAGGUUCACCGAAUGGAAGACUCGAGUCAGGGCGAAUCACCAGAGGCAGAAGCGCUCAAAAAUGACGUGGAGGAGUUGCAGUCAUUCAUCAAGGAGAAGAAUCUGCAACCCAUGCUCCGGGCCAAUUACACCCGUACUGCAUUCCAGAUCCCUGGCGAUGAUCGCAUUCGGAUAUCUAUGGACACCAAUCUUGCACUGAUCAGGGAAGACGCGCUGGAUCAGGACCGUCCUAUCCGUGACCCUAACGAUUGGCAUCGUAAGGAUAUCGACGAGGAGGGAAUGCAAUACCCGUUUAGUAAUAUCCGAACUGGCGAGAUCAAUCGCUUUCCUCAUGCCUUGCUGGAGAUCAAAUUGAGAGGUAGCGCACAUAACGCGGAAUGGGUCAAAGAUCUCAUGGUAUCUCAUCUAGUCAAGGAAGCGCCCCGCUUUUCGAAAUUUGUCCACGGUGUCGCUCAGCUCUUUGAGGACUACGUCAACAGCUUUCCGUUCUGGCUGAGCGAGCUGGAGAAUGACAUCCGGCGAGAUCCCGAGACGGCGUUCCAUGAGGAGCAGGAGAGACUUGCAAAGCGCGCCGAGGACGACAUGGCUGUGGGAAGCUUUAUGGGCAACAGAGCGAGUCCGAGUGUUCGACCCAUGGUCGGAUCACCUAUGGCCCUGCUCGCGGAAGGGGGCUCCCCGACGCAAGUGAGACGGCCAUCUCAAGCUAUUCCGCGCCCGAGCCGGCCUUCUAUCCCCGACGGUCAAGGCCGCACGUUACCCGAGGGUGUCGCGCAGGAAGACACAGAACCGAUCACCUCGUCGCGGCUUGCCUCACUUUUCCCCUCGGUCGCUCUCUCACGGUCCAAGAGCACGCACCGGCAGUCAGUGGUGCUACCCCCUGGUGUCCAGAAGCCGGUCACAUGGAUCAAGGACUCCGGCCCCGUCCGUGUGGAAAGCAAGGUAUGGCUGGCCAAUCAGCGAACCUUUAUCAAGUGGCUUCACAUCAGCAUCCUGCUUUCUUCUCUGUCUCUCGGUUUGUACAAUGCGGCCGGUAAGCACAAUGAUAUCGCCCGUGCGCUGUCCAUUGUCUACACUUUCUUCGCCUUGUUCUCCGCCGCGUGGGGGUGGUACAUGUACGAGAAGCGGUCGAGGCUUAUCCGCCAGCGCAGUGGGCGGGAUCUGGACAACACAUUUGGACCUCUUGUCGUGUGCGUUGGCUUAGCUGUUGCUCUAGUCUUGAACUUUGCCUUCAAGGUAGGACGAAUAUCAUCCAUGGAAAGCGAUCACGGAAGCUAA